GCUUAAAUGCCUCCUGCCAAAAGUAAAGAGCGAAUCUCAGUUGCAAUGGCUCUGCUAAAACUUGAUCAUGCGGGAUUUCAAGCGAUAAAGAGCUGCCGGGCUGCUAUUCACUGCGGUGGGAACAAGUUGCAGGAUGAAAUCCAGGCGUUAAGGGACCUAUUUUCCACUUCAUUGUUUGCAAAGGAAUCUACUGAAAUGACUUUGAGGAUCUUUAAACAGGAACUAUGUGGAGGGAGAAUGCACCCCACCUCGCCUGUCUCCCUGUCCACGUAGCUGCUCUCCCGGGAUGCGAUGUCGCUCGCAGGCUGCGGCGGGGAUCACGCGUGCGGCCAGCGGCGCGGAGGCCGCCCCUGAGCCCGGGCAGCGAGGGGCGCGACAUGCCCGCGGUCGCGACAUGUCCUGCAGCGACACCGGCAGCAGCACCGGCACCUCCGGCAGCACCGGCACCUCCGGCAGCACCGGCACCUCCGGCACCUCCGGCAGCACCGGCACCUCCGGCAGCACCGGCACCUCCGGCAGCACCGGCACCUCCGGCAGCCGCCGCCGCUCCGUCUCCUGAGGCGCUGGGGGAUAAAGCUGGCAAAGAUGAGGAAAAUUGGCUGUGCUCUCCUGGUACUCCAAGCUCUUCUGGCACCUUUGGAUCUUGUUCGUGGAGCAGAGAAAAAUUAUCCCAUCCUGAACAUUGCAGUGAUUCUGGGGAGGACCAAGUAUAUAACAGAGAGAGAUAUCAGAGCUCUCUGGACCAGGGAAAUGGCAGCAGACCUGACUGUUGAUAUCAAUGUAGUGACUCUUCUUGUGAACCAGACUGACCCUAAAAGCAUCAUAACACAUGUUUGUGACUUGAUGUCAGGCACCAAGAUCCAUGGAGUGGUUUUUGGAGAUGACACUGAUCAGGAGGCAGUAGCUCAGAUUUUGGAUUUUAUUUCAUCUCAGACUUCUAUUCCAAUUCUUGGAAUUCAUGGCGGGGCCUCCAUGAUAAUGGCAGAUAAGGAUGUCAUGUCCACGUUCUUCCAGUUUGGAGCCUCCAUCCAGCAAGAAGCCAUUAUCAUGUUGAAGAUCAUGCAGGAUUAUGACUGGCACGUGUUCUCUCUGGUGACCACCACUUUCCCUGGAUAUCGAGAUUUCAUCAAUGUCAUUAAGACCACUGUGGAAAACAGUUUUGUGGGCUGGGACAUGCAGAACGUCAUCAUACUCGAUACUGCCUUUGGAGAUGCCAAGACCCAAAUUCAGCUGAAGAAAAUCCAUUCAUCUGUCAUCCUGCUGUAUUGUUCCAAGGACGAAGCUGUCUACAUCCUGGAUGAGGCUCGCUCCCUGGGCCUUACUGGCUAUGAUUUCUUUUGGAUAGUUCCUAGCCUGGUUAGUGGUAACACAGAAAUCACUCCCAAGGAGUUUCCUUCAGGACUCAUUUCAGCAGCUUAUGAUGAGUGGGACUACAGUUUAGAAGCUCGGGUGCGGGAUGGCCUGGGGGUCAUUGCCACUGCUGCAUCAGCCAUGCUGGAAAAGUACUCCUUCAUUCCUGAGGCAAGAACGAGCUGCUAUGGACAGCUGGAGAAAAAUGACCGGCCCUCUCAAACCUUGCACAAGUUUAUGAUGAACGUGACGUGGGAAGGCAGAGAUUUGUCCUUCACAGCAGAUGGUUACCAGGCCCACCCCAGGCUGGUGGUGAUCGUGCUGAACAACGAGCGGGAGUGGGAGAAGGUGGGGAAGUGGGAGAACAACUCCCUGAGCCUCAAGUACUCAGUGUGGCCGAGGUACAGCUCCUUUGCAGACAGCGACCCCGACGACAACCACCUGAGCAUUGUCACCCUGGAGGAGGCUCCCUUUGUCAUCGUGGAGGAUGUGGACCCUCUCAUGGAAAGCUGCCAAAAAAACACCGUGCCAUGCCGGAAAUUUGUCAGACUUAACAACAAAACUAAUGAGGGAACUAACGUAAAGAAGUGCUGCAAAGGAUUCUGCAUCGAUAUCUUGAAGAAGUUGUCUAAAACUGUCAAGUUCACAUAUGACCUGUACUUGGUGACAAAUGGGAAGCAUGGCAAAAAAGUCAAUAAUGUGUGGAAUGGAAUGAUUGGUGAAGUGGUGUACCACCGGGCAGUGAUGGCCGUGGGCUCUCUCACCAUCAACGAGGAGCGCUCGGAAGUCGUCGACUUUUCGGUGCCGUUCGUGGAGACUGGGAUCAGUGUCAUGGUGUCACGGAGCAACGGCACAGUUUCACCAUCUGCUUUUCUAGAGCCUUUUAGUGCUUCUGUCUGGGUGAUGAUGUUUGUGAUGCUUCUCAUCGUGUCUGCCAUGGCUGUCUUUAUAUUUGAGUACUUUAGUCCUGUAGGAUACAACAGGAACUUAGCACAAGGGAGAGAUCCCCAUGGACCAUCCUUCACCAUUGGAAAGGCAGUGUGGUUACUGUGGGGCUUGGUCUUCAACAACUCUGUGCCUGUGCAAAACCCCAAGGGGACAACGAGUAAGAUCAUGGUGUCGGUCUGGGCUUUCUUUGCUGUCAUUUUCCUGGCCAGUUACACUGCCAACUUAGCUGCCUUUAUGAUUCAAGAGGAAUUUGUUGACCAAGUGACUGGGCUGAGUGAUAAAAAGUUUCAAAGGCCACAUGAUUAUUCACCUCCUUUUCGGUUUGGAACGGUCCCAAAUGGAAGCACCGAGAGGAAUAUCCGAAACAACUACCCUGAUAUGCACCUUUACAUGACCAAGUUUAACCAGAAAGGAGUCGAAGAUGCCUUGGUCAGCUUGAAAACUGGGAAGUUGGAUGCUUUCAUCUAUGAUGCAGCGGUGCUGAAUUACAAGGCUGGAAGAGAUGAAGGCUGCAAACUUGUCACAAUAGGCAGUGGGUACAUCUUUGCCACUACUGGCUAUGGGAUUGCUCUCCAGAAAGGAUCACCUUGGAAGAGACAAAUUGAUCUCGCCCUCCUUCAGUUUGUGGGAGACGGGGAAAUGGAAGAGUUAGAAACCCUGUGGCUGACUGGUAUUUGUCACAACGAGAAGAACGAAGUCAUGAGCAGCCAGCUGGACAUCGACAACAUGGCAGGGGUGUUUUACAUGCUCGCAGCAGCCAUGGCACUCAGCUUAAUAACCUUUGUCUGGGAGCACUUAUUUUACUGGAAACUUAGAUUCUGCUUCACUGGAGUCUGCUCAGAUAGGCCGGGAUUGCUGUUCUCAAUCAGCAGGGGUAUUUACAGUUGCAUUCAUGGAGUACACAUUGAAGAGAAAAAGAAGUCUCCUGACUUUUCUUUGACCAAUUCACAAACCAACAUGUUAAAACUGCUGCGAACAGCGAAAAACAUGACCAAUAUCAAUCCUUCAAGGAUUGACUCCCCCAAAAGAACAGCUGAUUUUAUUCAGAGGGGUUCUUUGCUUAUGGACAUGGUCAUGGAUAAGGGAAACUUGAUAUUUUCUGAUAACAGAUCCUUUCAGACAAAGGACAACUUUUUUGGUGACAACAUAAGUGAACUGCAGACACUUCCUGGCAAUAGACACAAGGACAAUCUGAACAACUAUGUUUUCCAAGGGCAGCAUCCUCUCACACUGAAUGAAUCCAAUCCAAAUACAGUAGAGGUUGCAGUAACAACAGAAGGAAAAGCGAACUCCAGACCCAGGCAGCUUUGGAAGAAAUCUGUUGAAUCUUUACGCCAAGAUUCUAUACGUCCAGGCCAAGGCUCCCAGAGAGAAAAUGGGUCAGAGGAAAACAGGCAGCUUUCACUGAAAAGCCAAAGAUACCUUCCUGAAGAGAUUGUCCAUUCAGAUGUCUCAGAGACAUCAAGCAGAGCUACUUGCCACAUGGAAGCUGAAAACAACAACAAGCACCACAAAACCAAGGACAAUUUUAAAAAAAGGACAGGAGCAUCAAAAUACCCAAAAGACUGUAGUGAAGUGGAACUGACAUAUCUGAAAACCAAACAGGGCUCUCCACGGGAUAAAAUCUACACGAUUGAUGCUGACAAAGAGCCAGGAUUCCGCUUGGACACACCUCAGUACAUCGAAAACAUUGUCCUUCCAGAGCCUGUAGAGCUUCCUGAUGUUUACCAAGAUCACAACGACAACUACAGGAAAGCUGAACACGCUAAUAGGACUCCAUCACAUAAUGAAGACAGUCUUCCAAAUAAUGACCAAUAUAAACUUUAUGGAAAACACUACACUCUCAAAGAAAAAAAUGCUACCCUAGGUGACCUGAACGAUAGGUACAGGCAGAAUUCCACCCACUGCAGGAGCUGUCUCUCCAACAUGCCCACGUACGCGGGGCACUACUCGACCAGAUCUCCCUAUAAAUGCGACGCAUGCUUGCGGAUGGGGAACCUCUAUGAUAUUGAGGAAGAUCAGAUGCUGCAGGAUACAACGAACUUAUCACUUCCUGAAGAAAUAUAUGAGCGUACUUGGUCACAGAGUAGUGCUCUGCAAUAUCAUAAAAAGAAUAAACUGAGGAUUAGCAGGCAACACUCUUUUGAUAAUAUCGCUGAUAAGUCCAGGGAAAUUGAUAUUGGAAGACCUUCUCGUAGUAUAAGCUUGAAAGAAAGAGAGAAAUUUCUUCAAAGUAGUCCAUAUGCAAGCAUGUUUAGUGUUCCCUCAAGCAAACUGUUGAGCAACAAGGCCUCACUUUUAACUCAUGCUCUGGAGGACAGUAAGCGGAGCAAGUCCCUGUACGCUGUUCACUCGGAUGAUAACCCCUUCCUGCACUCCUAUCGUGAUGACCAGCAUUUAUCUCUUAGGCGAAGUCCAGCAGAUCUUUAUAAACACUCAUUGCCAACAAGAGGAAGAAAUGAUAAUUAUUUAAGGUCAUCCAUACAGUCUACAGCAUCAUACUCUUCCAGGGAUGGUCGGAUCCAUAAUGACAUGUACAUUUCAGAGCAUGUUUUGCCUUAUGUUGCAAAUAGGAAUAGCUUGUACUCAACUCCAAGGGUUUUAAAUUCCUGUAGCAAUACACGUGUGUAUAAGAAAAGGCCUAGCAUUGAAUCAGAUGUUUAAAUUUUCCAUGAACACUUUAUCUAUAGGGAAAGAAUAGUUGCCACCAUCUUAGAGGGAGAAUUUUUCCUUUAACAGUAUCCUGCUCUAGUAAAUGAUACAUAAACCUCUCCCUUUCCCAAUGUACUUUUGUACAUGAAUAAGUAAACCGGUAUGCUCUGAUCUAUCCUUUUAAAAUAUGUCUUGUUAAAAAGGAUAAAAAAUAGCCAUUUAUGUGUGCUUUAUAUAUAAAUGGCAAGUUGUACUGAAAUAGCCCCAAUAUAUGUUGGCAACUAUGCUGUUUUGUACCUAAUUAUUUUACUAUUUCGGUUAUUCUAAUUUAUGUUGCUAAGUAUCAUUCAAUGUACUUUUGUCCUUAGAAAUGUUUAAUGAUUUUCUAGUACUGGAUAAGCAAUAUGGUAUGCAUGUAGUAUGACACAGACAACAAGAAAUAGGGAUGCAUUUGCACAGAUUCAAAAGUAAGACUCUAAAAGAUAACAGAAAUCUAAGACAUCCAAAAAUAUAUUUUAACUUCAUAAUCAUUUUCAAAGCCAAAUAAUAAUUAAAAAGACUCCCAAACCCCAGGACCUUAAUAAAUAAAAUACAGUGUGUUAGCACAAAAUUAGGAUGUUCCUUCUAGACUGACAGACAGUAGAUGGGAAGGCAGUAACCCCAAACAUGUGAACUGCUGUGUACCAGAAGGAAGCCCCAUGGAUAUUAGUUAAUGUUCAUGUACAAAUGCUUUUCUUAUAUUGCACAUGCACUUACCAUUACAAAGUAAGUUCAUUGAAAAGUUUGCAGUAAUCUUGUCAGAAAUUUCACAGCUGCCUAAUCCAGAGUAUAUAUUUUUAGAUAUCACUAUAUGGCACUUCCUAUGGAGCUGUGGACUUUAUUAGUAACCUUGAGGCCUAAUGUGUACGUAAGUUUGCAUUUGCCCCUUACUGGAGAUUACUCAGGGCUGUAUAGUAUUUCUUUUAUUCUUUCACUUCCCAAACCAAAUCCCAACUCACUGUAGUUCUUUGUUCAUAGUGUAUUAGUGACAACUAAUUAAUUGUAUAUUAAUAGUAUUAAAGGUGUUAAUACAGUAUCAAACACCGACAGCCAUAAGCUCAGUGUGGUCAGUGAGGAGCGUGGUACCAUUUAUUUCCAUACACAGAGAAGGAUUAACUCCUUUGGAAGGACUUCUUCCUUCCACAACAUUGUGCAUAUUUGUGGAACAUCAGACCAUUCUUCUAACCUCUCCAAUCAAGUCUGUCGUAUAAAGUGAAUAUAUGCACAUGUAACUAAGAAACAGUAUCUUUAUUAUCACUUACUGAUACACAAAGGUAUUCACAUAACAGGGAUGCAUUGUUAUAUGACUUUUCCUUCUAUAGAUGUCAAUCAGAUUAUUUCACAAAUAAAAUGUCUGCUACACACCCCUCCUUACCCUCACUGGAAGAAAAAAACCCACUCGAUUUUAACCAUAAAGGGGAAGAGAGGAAACCUUUCAGGAGAAGAGUGUACAGCAGUAAAUUUAAUUUCACCUAAAGAAGUAAAUAUACUUACUAAUAAAUUUAACUAUUGAAAGUGUUCCAGAGGUGGUGCUCUCCAAUUUUCCUGCUACUCUGAGAAUUGCUUUAGGAUUUUUAUGUAGAGGAAAUUUAGAUUAUUCAAGCAUUAUUCCCUCCAUUUCACUGAAGAACAGUGAGCAGGGAAACCAUUACCACUGUGAAUUGGAAAAUGUGAAUAUUAUCCUAACUUUUCUCUAGACUGAAAAUCUUUUCAGCAGAAUCGUGCCUGUCAGCUGUAAUUGAAGCAUCUGCAUGCCAGAGAUGCAGUAUGCAAGGUGUUUAAUUUAGAACAGCAUACUGCAGAGCAGAGUUGCAAACAGGAGAUAAUAUAAAUGAUGUGUAGGGAUAGUCAAAAGAAAGCUUCUUGAAUUUUGUUUACAGAUUUUUUUUUUAUUAAACAGAUUUAAAUUGACUUUGGCUAUCGAAGUCCAGAAUGAGUUCUUUGUAUUUGCAAAUGUAUUUGUACCUCCACCAUGAUGGUGAAGGAUGGUAUUUUUUAAGGAAUGAAAUGUAAUGAGAUUUGGGCUUCUGAGUCUCUUUCCAGCUGCCAAAACUCCCAGUAUACUUUACUAUAAGUAUGAUCAGAAAGCAUAUCUAUGGGUAUCUCUAUGCUGUUCAGGCAAAAAUAUAUUUUGAGUAUUCUUUAUUCAACAUUUGUUCAUAAUUAUUGGCCCUGAUUCACACGGGAAUGCUUUCUGAUUCCUCACUGGAGGGAGGUUUUAUAAAAACAAAAGCUCCUUGCACACCCUUAGAGAGAUUCAGAUUCCUUAGGAAGAGUUGUGUGAGCUAAGCAGGGUUAGGAUGUCUGUGGGGUGAACACUACUUGUCAUGAACCCAAACCUUUUCCCAAAUACACAAGUAUACCUUGCUCUUAAGUCUACAGGAAGGCAAAUGCACUGAAGGCAUAAUGUGAUAAUGACUAUAAUAAAAAUAUUUCAGGCAAAUUUUAAUAUACAGUCCAAAUCAUAGUAAAUUAACAAAAAUCCAAAGUGUUUUGAACUACCUGGUGUGUUUCAGCAGCUAUGAUAUUUGCUGAUGUCAUGCCAAAUCCUGCCAUGGAUGUUGCUGAGCAUUUUACCCAGCAAAUCAUAAAACUCAGUGGUGGCUCUUGUCUUUCACAUCAUCAUUAAGCUCUCAAGUAUUUGUUGAUCACUCCAAGUCUUUUGUAUCAUCAUCUCUAUCUAACCGGACACACAUUAUUAAAUAUUAAUACGAGUACUGUAUGGGAAGCUGUGGGAAAGAAAAAUUCCCAUUUACAUUUUCUUCCUUGAGAUUCAGUUGUAAACAUCCUCAACCCAGGUGGAUUUUUUCUUUCUGUGAAAUGUACAAGCAAAUUAGCUACAACAAAAUACAUUGCAGUGCUUGCUUUUUCUGAUUUGAGCAGAUUUCUGGUGACUGUAGAGAUUUAUUAUUAUUAUCUGCAAUAUGCAAUACAACCACCUGCCCUGAACCAAAAUAAUGAGACUGAGGGAAGACUUGAUAAUGUUGCACAGCAGUUGUUCACAUGGAAAUAUAAGAUGCUGCCUUAAAGAGGGGAAAAACCCCACCAGACACCAAAAGUAGGGGGAGUAAGAGUCUGCAUGCUUCUGUUGUUUUGAUCUUGGUGUAAAUCCGAGUCGAUAAAGGGGAGAGCUGAGGCAGGGCUGUGGGCAGUAGCCGGUGCGCUUGCAGAUGUGCUCGUGUAAAGAAGAAGCAGCUGAGAAGUUGAAGAAAAAUCUUCAACAGAGCCACAAGCCACAGCUUGUGAGGCUCAGUCUAGAGCGUGUGGAAUUCUGAAUUUUGCCUGAGCUUUGUUGAUAUAUUUGCACUGACUUUCAAUUAAACCGAGAUCAAGACUUUCUGUAUUUCCCUCUCUCUCUCACUCUAGCUGCUGCUAUACUUGAAGAGGAGAAAAGAAUCUUCCUGCAUAAGUGGCCAUCCUUUCUGUACCUUUCUGGAUGGUGCUGGUGACUUGUUACAUUUUCCUGAUUACAGCUCUAGCAGUUUGUUGGUCAUUCCUAUCACCACGAUUUCCUGUGACUCCAGCUGGAACUGGAUCAGGCUGUAGAUGAUAUGGGCCAUUCUUGGUAGCAUGUCCUGUAGUGUUACACUGCUCCUGGAUGACACCUUUUGUGGAGGCAGGAUAUUGAAUUGCUGAGGAAUGCAGUAGGUACAUGGAGGUAAAAACAGAUAUGUAGACAUACCUGCCUCUUGCUUCUUUUCCUCUUUUAAAGAUAUUGUAGAAUUUCUUCAUGUUUUCUGUCUUUCCCUUUUCACCACAGUAAAUUUUCCUUUUUUCUCUCAAA